GCUGUCUGAAGCCGGAGGACGGUGCUGCGGUAGAGGGAGUAGCAGUGCAUGGGCUUCAUACCGUUUACUGGAAUUUUAAACUGGCGACUUCUGUCCGAUUCCUCGCAGCUUCUCCCCACUGUCUCCCCAGUGGUACGCUCACAUCAUCAAUGGAACUGAAUCUGCGGCUCUGAUUUGAAACCAUCAUUUCAGCACAGUCUUCGGGUCUCCGGGAAAGAGACAGCAUUCCUCAAGGCCACUGGGUGUUGGUCGUGCGCGGCAGAGAUGGGUACAGCACUGUCUAUAUCUCCAACAACAAGAAAGACGGCCAUCCAUGAUGAUAAGACCGAGGGAGGACAUACGGCUAAUGGCAAGCCAGAGAAAAGCCUGAAGCGAAAUUCUGUAAUAUUAUCAGCCCUCACGUGGAAGCGACUGGUUGCCGCCUCGGCAAAGAAAAAGAGUACCAAGAAGAUUAACCCGAACCCCCCACCGCCGCAUACGAACAAGAACCAGGUUGAACACCUAAAUAAUGAAAAUUUAAAGAAAUCACAUCAAUCGAAUUCCGACUGGAAAGGAUCACAUCGGGAUCCGAAGCAAGGACCGCUCGCGGUACCAGUGCCGACUGUUCCCAACCAGAAUCUUAAUUCAAAUCAAACCCAGAGGGUCCCACUGAACGGUAAACAGCUAGUAACAGUAAAAAAACAACCUAGCAACCGAUCUCUAAUCUCCCCUAGACGGGUUAUUGUUCAAGCGUCAACGGGGGAGCUGUUGCGUUGUCUGAGUGAAUUUAUGUGCCGGAGGUGCUUUAAACUCAAAGAGCUUAGCCCCAGCGAGAUCAUCCUGUGGUUUCGAAACGUGGACCGGUCCCUCCUUAUCCAGGGUUGGCAGGACCAAGGAUUCAUUACACCGGCUAACCUGGUGUUUGUCUAUUUGCUGUGCAGAGAGGCGGUGACCGAUGAUAUCGAAAGCGAAUAUGAACUUCAGGCCACCUUCCUGACAUGUCUCUAUCUGGCUUAUUCGUACAUGGGUAACGAGAUUUCUUAUCCUCUCAAACCUUUUCUUGUGGAAACCAACAAGGAACUCUUCUGGGAGCGAUCCCUUAAAGUCAUUGAUAAAAUGAGUGCCAAAAUGCUGCAGAUAAAUUCGGAUCCGCAUUUCUUCACCGAGGUGUUCCAGGACCUAAAAAACGAGGGAGAAUCAAAAGAGACGAACGGCAAAUGGACUAAUAAUCUGGACCGCUAGCCAAAAAAAAAGUAGACGGAUAUCUCUCCUCACCCAUUGUUUCAGGGUGGUUGAAUGUAGGCUCCGAGUAUGAAUUUACGAUGAGAACAUGCACUAUAGUCGGUGAAUCAAACCAGACUUGUCCCUUUUUCGAUAAAAGAUGUCUCGUGUUGUUACAGUGUAAAAACAUACCUCGUGCUACUGUGAAUCACAGUACAUUAGGAUUCCAGUCAUGGGCAGUCCGUUAGCCUAAAUGCAUGCUUAAAAUAUUAUAAUUGUUCUUUAAUGGUAGCGUUGAAAAUGGGUUAGGCGAUACAGAGUUACAGUAAUUACAGCUGAUUUGCCAAUGUUUAGAUCAUUUGUGUGGAUAUUUAUUUUCAUCUUGAGGAACAAGACCCCGAGAAUAGCAUUAUUAUGUAACUGACGGGAGCUAUCCAUGGUCCUGGCCUUCAACAUAAUUUGCACAUAGCCUGCACUUGUUGAACCUCAUGCUCUCUCUUUGAUCUUUGAAUGUAGAAAUUUACUGCGGCAUAAAAAGUAGAUAUUGUCCUAUGUGCCAACUGUUAUAUUAUAAAACAUAUUGUUUUAUAUCAUUUAUUUUAAAUGAAAUUUAUCAACAGAAAUGUUAUCGAAAUCCGUGAAAUUACAUUUGAAUAUUUUUUUUCAUUUGUAUUUUUAAUGGGAGAUGAACAAAAGAAAAGCAAUGUAACUGGUAUUUGUGAAUGUAGAAACUGCAUCUGCCCCCUCAUCGGUGUGCAGAAUUCACCCAGUAAAGCUCUCCAUUUUCCUGAAAUGCCAAAACAAUAUAACCUUCAACUCAGUUGACUUAUUUGAGAUCUGUGUUACUAUUCCUAUUUGUUACACACCAGUAUAGGGAGUUCAUUUAAUCACUUGCUUUGUUUCUCAAUUAAGGAAGUUAAAACUGGGGACUUUAUGUGUAAAGUAAGCUGCUCUCUGGAAUGGUCCCAACAUUAGUGAUAUGUUUAAUAUGUAAAAUAACAAAUGUAAACACUCAUGAUGUUCUGCUAAGAUAAUAUGAUGAGCUCCGGUUCUUUUAAGAAACAAUCGGGUGGAGGGUUAUGUCAGCCAAAAAGCGAGUGCUUAAAAUGACAAAAGGUCAUGCUCUUUUAACUCUAAUCCUAAUUAGCAGAUUUCAAACGUGUUUCUUUUCAUUUCUGUCAAACCGCCAAAUGUACUGCAGAAACUACCUGUUUUUUUAUUGUGACACUUUUUCCAUCUGACUCCAUUUUCACCUGGGUCUUUUUAAUCGUAUGUGUCCAAGAAGAGCUUUGAAGAACAACCAUUUCCAUCUGGGAGAAAACCAUGUAGCCUAUAAAUAUUUUCCGAUUACAUUUAAAAAUGCAUUUUUGUUUUAUUUAUUUAUUUUAAAAAAUACAGGUACAUUUGGUGUACUGUCAAUGAUUGUGAACAAUGUAAAAUGAAAAGUCAAACGUAAAACUAACCGGUGGAUCAAUAAAAUUAAACACAACUGGAA